AUGAACUUAGGGAAUCGGCUUGAACUUUCUUUUGAAACGGAUUUGUGGACUUUUUCUCAAAAUAGACUUGUGGAAUCGGCUUGGACUUUUUCUCGAAACGGACUUGUGGAAUCAGCUUGGACUUUCUCUCGAAACAGACUUGUG